CAUUUGAGCUCCAGUCAGUUAGGAAUACACAUCUCCAUAGGACUUUACGCAUCUAGGCUUUUUAAUGACUAACAUGGAGGAGCAACGGUAUCCGGUUAAUAUCCGACUGAUUGGAGUAAUGCACAAGGAGAAAAGCAAAAUGUACAUAACAUCGGUGCUUUGGUCAGAUCAGAAUGACAUCAUUGUUUACAGAACCUUCAAGGACUUCAAGACACUUAAUGAACAAAUGAAGAAGAAAUUCCCACCUGCGAACCCACUUAAAAAAUCGGACAGAAUUAUUCCUAGAUUUCGAGACUGGAGGAUGAAGAUAAACACAAAGAAUAAUGGUCCAAGCAAGUCGGUGGUCCAGCUCAAGUUUUUGGAGAAAUACUGCAGCGAGCUCCUCAGUUGUGACCCGCGCGUCUCACAAUGUCCUGAACUCAUCCGGUACUUCCACCCCAAGGACCAAGAUCUACAGCCAGAGUUUGCCAAGAAUAGUAUCAUGAUCAUGCCUUCAGAGGAUUCCGCUGGACAUGACAAGAGUGUCAACAUUGGAAACGUUACGCAGCCGUUUGUAACAGAGGCAUACCGGUGCAUGGCACCCUAUGAGACCAAAGACACCAAGAACCGGCCGUUCAAAGUGGCCGUGGACGAAAACUUGGACGUGCUCAUCAAAGACAAAGCAGGCUGGUGGCUGGUGGAGAAUGAGGACAAGCGUAUGGCCUGGUUCCCUGCUCCAUACCUGGAGAAGGUAGAGGGGAAUGAGGAUGACGAUAGUGACAAGUCCUAUGGAGAAAGUGUGCUGUACAGUGCUGUCAGAAGCUACAAAGCCACAAAUAGAGACGAGGUGUCUAUGGACAUUGGCUCAGUGGUGGAAGUCCUGCAGAAGUCUGACAAUGGCUGGUGGCUGAUCAGAUACAACGGCAAGAGCGGCUUCGUACCUGCCAUGUACCUGCAGCCCUACAACAACCCCCGUGUCCGCCUGGCGGCUCUCAACCUGGUCCACAGCUCCAGCUCUGACCACACGCUGGCCGGACACUCCCACGAGCGCAGCCAUUCCCAAGGCAACAUCCUGCAGCUGCCGGGCUCCCAACCUUCCACACCAAAUCAGCUCAAGCCUACCGACAAACUCAAGUCUCAUUCUUUUAAUGUUCUAACUGUGCCUCAGCCUAGCCCUUCACCUGUGAUGGUCACCACCCCCGCCCCGACAUACCGUAGCAAGGGCACUCCAACGCCUACUAUUAUGGUGGAGGUGGACGGGGAGGUGGAUAGACGCAAGCGCAGCCUCGCCGGCAGCAUGGGAAGUGAGGGCAGCAUGGGAAGCGAGGGCAGUGACUUCAGCGACGACCUCAGUUCGUCAUCCUGCAGCUCGUCACUCAACCUGAGCCGCGCCGACAUGGACGAUCGUCUCCGGCGCGCCCGCACACCGCCGCCCAUGGUGGCCGACCGCCUCAACCCCGACAGCGGCGUGUUGGAGGGGAGGAUGGUCCACGGAAGAUCUGACCCAAACCUGUUCAAGAUGGCCCCAACCACCCCCAAGGUGCCCCCCAGGCCCAGGGCGCAGGAGAUCCUGACACGCUGCACUACAGUCACGCGCAAGAACGCCUCCAAAGCCAAGCUGUCGCCAGCGCCUGCUGUGAUACUGAGCCGCUAAAUUGGAGCAGUGUUGACCCAAAAUGGUGGUGGGUCGGUGGGUUGUGGCCAGGACAUGUGGUGUAUUGAUGGGCUCCAGGAAGAAUCCAAAGGCUUAAGCACAGAAAGUCACUGUACUAGAAGCCGGACUGUGGGACUUAUCCGUUAUGAAGUUACCUGAACAUGAUUACACUGUUUUUAAAGUGUUUAACUGCCUUGGGGCUGGUCAUGUAGCCAUGAGUUGUGAUAUGGGAGGAAGAAUCAUACAUUACUGUAAUACUCUGAGUCACAUAUUGAGUCUUUAUUUUUUUAAUGUGGAAGUUUACUUCUUGCUCUGUUCAUCAGGCCUACUUCCAUGCACCUGGAGAUGGAUACUGAUAACUGCAUUGUAAACAUUAUUUUAAUGCUGUCUAUUAAUUCAGGAUUUAUUUUGUGGAUGAACAAAUAUUACGGUUAGGGGUUUACUGUCAUUUGUCUACAUUCCUGUUUUAAUGAAUCAUUUCUCUUCACUUAAUGUGAAGUCAGGUCAUAUACUGGUAUAAUUAAAAUAUACACUUUUGUGAAUAAACAUUCAGUAGCAAUUUAGAUAGAAAAAAAAACAACAUUUUCUGUGAUUGUCAUGAAUUAGUGUCUUCUAUUAAAUCCUAAAAUGUGUUUUCAUA